AUGCACUGCUCUCUCGUCGCCGCCUCGUCUCUGGUGUUGACCAUCGCCAUCCCCGUCCUCGCGAAUGUCCAAGGCAGCGACUGCAAGUGCUUCCCCGGAGACAGCUGCUGGCCGCGCCCGGGCGACUGGGCGAGGCUCAACGAGACGGUCGGGGGCCGGCUCAUUGCCACGGUGCCGCUGGCCUCGCCCUGCCAUGUCCCCAACUACGACGCGCGUGCAUGCUCCGCGCUUCGCCGGCAGAGGCAUCACCAGGAGAUCCACAUGAAGUCGUCGUCAUCGGUCAUGUCGCCCCUGUUUGCCAACCGCACCUGCGACCCCUUUCGGGCCCGGAGCGAGCCCUGCGUCCUGGGCAACUACGUGCGGUAUGCCGUCGACGCCAGGGGGCCUGACGCCAUCAUCGCCGCCCUCGGGUUUGCCGCCGAGCACAACAUCCGCUUCGUCAUCCGCAACACGGGCCACGACUACCUCGGCCGCUCGACGGGCGCCGGGGCCCUCGCCGUCUGGACCCAUCACCUCAAGGCCAUCCAGGUCCUGGACUGGGCCGACGAGCGCUACGUCGGCAAGGCCCUAAAGGUCGGCGCCGGCGUGCAGGGCUUCGAGGCUCUCGAGGCCGCCCGCAACGCCGGGCUCGUCGUGGUGACGGGCUCGUGCCCGAGCGUUGGGCUUGCCGGAGGCUAUACCCAGGGCGGUGGCCACUCGCCCCUUAGUACCGUGUACGGCUUGGCGGCCGACAAUGCCUUGUCUUUUGACGUCGUGACGCCUUCGGGCCGUCUUGUCACGGCAUCCCCGUCGGCGCAGCGAGACCUCUUCUGGGCCCUGAGCGGAGGCGGCGGGGGCAACUACGGUGUCGUUGUGUCGGCGACUGUCAAGGCGCACCCGGAUGCCGUGGUGAGCGGUGCGUCUUUUCAGCUCACGAUUCGCCCGGGAGAGGAGGAGAGGCUCCUCGGAGCCGUAGACGCCUUCCACGCCGCCCUGCCCGCCAUGGUUGACGCCGGAGUCAUGAUCAUGUAUAGGUUUAGCCGCAACUUUAUCGAGGGCCUCGGCAUGACGGCGUACAACAUGACAAAGCCCCAAGCAAGGCUGGUCCUGCAGCCCUUCCUGGAAGUCGUCGCCACCGUCGGGCUCCCGAUCAAGGCGGAAUUCACGGAGUUUUCCUGCUACCACGACCACUUGAGCCAUUACUUUGGCCCGCCCCCCCGCGGCAACAUCGGGGUCGGCAUUUCGCUAUACGGUGGGCGCCUGAUCCCCCGACCCGCCCUCGCUGGCUUCUCGCCCGCGGCGCGCAGGCUGGUCGGGAUGCAGGCGACGGUGGUCGGCGUCGGCCUCGACGUGUCUCGCUUCGGCCCGCCGGCCACGACCAACGCCGUACUGCCGCAGUGGCGCAGCGCAAUCGCGCUAGCCAUCAUCACCCUGCCCUGGAACUUCGACAAGCCCUACGAGCUCAUGGCCGCCGAGCAGGACUGCAUCACGCGCGAGCUGCAGCCCGCCAUCGAGGCAGCCACGCCCGGGGCCGGGGCCUACAUGAACGAGGCCGACUUCCAGGAGGCGUUUUUCGGGGACAAUUACCCGGCGCUGCUGCGCAUCAAGAAGAGGUACCAUCCGCGCGGGCUGCUCUACGCGAAGGCUGGGGUGGGCAGCGAGGAAUGGCUUGUCAAGGGGGAUGGCCGGCUGUGUCGGGUGGCGACACGAGGGAGGGCGUUCCUGAGACACGACGCCACACCCGUCGACCUUGGGCUCUUGACUGAGGUGUCUCGGGAGACUGGUCGCGGGGCGAGGGAUGGGAACUCAAGGGUUGGUUGGAAAGAUUGA